CGGGAGGCGGCCCUGAGCGCCCGGGCCAGCGCGGUGCGCCUGAGGACGCGGGAGAGGACGGCCCGCGGACCCGCGAGCGGGGCCGAGGCUCUGGGACGCGGCGGCGGCGCGGCUGCCGGCUGCAUGGGAAGUUAAUGUUUACAGCGAAGUCCACCCAGCGUUUCCAAGGUGGCGACAGACAAGGUUGCAGAAAAGCUGAGUUCUACUCUCUCAUGGGUGAAGAACACGGUGUCGCAUACAGUCAGUCAGAUGGCCAGUCAGGUGGCAAGUCCAUCGGCUUCAUUACACACUACAUCCUCGUCUACCACACUGUCAACACCAGCCCUUUCACCAUCGUCGCCAUCACAACUGAGUCCAGACGAUUUGGAACUCCUGGCUAAACUGGAGGAACAAAACAGAUUGUUAGAGACGGACAGUAAGUCUUUAAGAUCUGUAAAUGGGUCAAGAAGAAACAGUGGCUCCUCUCUUGUGUCAAGUUCAUCAGCCUCUAGCAACCUCAGCCACCUCGAGGAAGACUCCUGGAUUCUUUGGGGAAGAAUUGUUAAUGAAUGGGAAGAUGUGCGCAAAAAGAAGGAAAAGCAAGUUAAGGAACUUGUUCGUAAAGGAAUACCCCACCACUUUAGAGCAAUAGUUUGGCAACUUUUAUGCAGUGCACAAAGUAUGCCGAUUAAGGAUCAGUAUUCAGAACUCCUGAAAAUGACCUCACCUUGUGAAAAAUUGAUCCGAAGGGAUAUUGCUAGAACAUAUCCUGAACACAAUUUUUUUAAGGAAAAAGAUAGCCUUGGGCAGGAGGUUUUAUUUAAUGUAAUGAAGGCAUAUUCUUUAGUGGAUCGUGAAGUUGGUUACUGUCAAGGAAGUGCUUUUAUAGUUGGAUUGUUGCUUAUGCAGAUGCCAGAAGAAGAAGCUUUCUGUGUAUUUGUUAAAUUAAUGCAAGACUAUAGACUUCGCGAACUUUUUAAACCAAGUAUGGCAGAAUUGGGCCUUUGUAUGUACCAGUUUGAAUGCAUGAUACAGGAGCAUCUUCCCGAGCUCUUCGUACAUUUUCAGUCUCAGAGUUUUCAUACCUCAAUGUAUGCAUCAUCCUGGUUUCUGACUAUCUUUCUUACCACUUUUCCACUACCAAUUGCAACAAGGAUAUUUGAUAUCUUUAUGUCUGAGGGUUUAGAAAUAGUCUUCCGAGUAGGAUUAGCGCUUCUUCAAAUGAAUCAGGCAGAACUAAUGCAACUUGACAUGGAAGGUAUGUUACAGCACUUUCAGAAGGUCAUUCCACAUCAGUUUGAUGGUGGUCCAGACAAACUCAUCCAAGCAGCUUACCAAGUCAAAUACAACUCAAAAAAAAUGAAAAAGCUUGAAAAGGAAUACACUACAAUAAAAACUAAAGAAAUGGAAGAACAAGUUGAAAUUAAAAGAUUACGCACAGAAAAUAGACUUUUAAAACAGCGUAUUGAAACAUUAGAAAAAGAAAGUGCUUCCUUGGCAGAUAGAUUGAUACAGGGACAAGUGACAAGAGCCCAGGAGGCUGAGGAAAACUACCUCAUAAAACGGGAGCUGGCCACCAUCAAACAGCAGAGUGAUGAGGCCAGUGCUAAACUGGAGCACGCUGAGAGUAUCAUCAGGAAGCUCCAGCAUCAGCAGCAAUGGCAUAAAUGCAGUUCCAACUACAACGAAGAUUUUGUGCUACAGCUAGAGAAGGAAUUGGUCCAAGCUCGACUGAGUGAAGCCGAGUCUCAGUGUGCACUGAAGGAGAUGCAGGAUAAAGUCCUGGAUAUAGAGAAGAGGAACAACUCUCUUCCUGAUGAAAACAACAUUGCAAGACUUCAGGAAGAGCUUAUUGCUGUGAAACUGAGAGAAGCAGAGGCCAUUAUGGGUUUGAAAGAACUCAGACAGCAGGUCAAGGAUUUAGAGGAACACUGGCAGCGGCACUUAGCUCGUACUACUGGGAGAUGGAAAGAGCCACCUAAGAAAAAUGCUGUGAAUGAGUUACAAGAUGAACUGAUGACCAUUCGACUUCGAGAAGCUGAGACACAAGCAGAAAUAAGAGAAAUAAAACAAAGGAUGAUGGAAAUGGAAACACAGAACCAGAUCAAUAGUAACCAUCUUCGAAGAGCAGAACAAGAGGUGACCAGUCUACAGGAGAAGGUGCAGUAUCUUUCUGCACAGAACAAAGGACUGCUUACUCAAUUAAGUGAAGCAAAGCGCAAACAAGCGGAGAUUGAAUGCAAGAAUAAGGAAGAAGUGAUGGCUGUGAGGCUCCGGGAAGCAGAUAGCAUAGCUGCUGUGGCUGAGCUGCAGCAGCACAUUGCUGAGCUGGAAAUCCAGAAAGAAGAAGGAAAGCUUCAAGGACAGCUAAACAAGUCUGAUUCUAACCAGUAUAUUAGGGAACUGAAAGAUCAGAUAGCUGAGCUGAAUCAUGAGCUCAGGUGCCUAAAAGGCCAGAGGGGCUUCUCAGGCCAACCUCCUUUUGAUGGAAUCCACAUUGUCAACCAUUUGAUGGGAGAUGACGAGUCAUUCCAUUCCUCCGAUGAAGAUUUUAUAGAUAAUUCCUUCCGGGGAAGUGGCAUUGGUUUUCCUUUUCACAGAAAGUCUGGCCCGAUGUCUUUGGACCCUGCUGGGGCAGAUGGUAGUGAGAGUGAAACGGAGGACAGUGUGCUGGAGACCAGAGAGAGCGACCGAGUGAUUCAGAAGGAGCGGCCCCCCACAAGAAGAGAGUCGUAUUCAACCACUGUCUGACCAUCACUGUGACCUAGACUGGAUUUCUAAGGGAUCAAUUGUCAUAUGACUAGGGAUCUUUGAGACUUACCUGUUUCAUAUGUACAUAUAUUUAUAUACAUAUAUACAUAUACAUAUAUAUAUACAUAUAUAUAUAUUUUACAAUCUUACCUGCCUUUUUAUCUGCCAAAUCUUUACCACUGACUGACCAUUGCCAUAAAGUAGAGUGGAAUAUGGCUAAUGGGUAUAAUAAGGCGCUAACAGUAUUACUGAAUAUUAAAGUUUCUUGUUUAAAAAUUACAAUUAUGUAUGUGGGAACCAUUUUGAAGUUCAAAACCAUGGAAAAAUGAACUUUGUUCACAGAAAACUCUUGUGCAAUAUCUUGUGCUUAGUGAACACAUUGUGUAUUUGUGUUUAUCAGUUUGCUUUCAAGCUGGUUCUCUACAGACAUUUGACCAAGAUGUACAUGUGAUUUGCCUUGUGUUUUGUGUUUGGGUUUUUUUUUUUUUCCCAUUAAAAUUACUGUUUUAGGGGCAAUAAUUUGCAUACCCAGUAAAAUGCCAUUUGGGAUGCCCACAUCCCAUAUUGGAAGACCUGGCUUUAAGUCUCAACUCCACAUCUCAUUCCAGCUUCCUGCUAAUGUAUACCUGUCAACCACUUAGGUCUCUGCCACUAACAUGGGAAACCUGGAUUGAGUUCCCAACUCCUAGCUUUGAGUGGACCCAGCCUUGGCUGUUGUGGGCAUUUGGGGAAUGAACCAGCAAACGGGAACUCUGUCUUUCUCUGUCUCUGUGCGUGUGUGUGUGCAUGUGUCCCCCUUUGCCUGUUGAAUAAAUUAAGUAAAUAAAAUUUUAAAUUACUGUUAUUUUAGUGGGCCACUGAAAGUUCCCAGACACAAAACCUUUUUCCUGUAUGAUUUUUAAACACAAAUUAAUUGGUAUAUAUUUUGAGAGUUUUAAGUUUUGUUUUAAUUUCUAAUUUCUGUGUGCAUAUGAUGCUUCCAUGUGCUGGUUUCUGUCAGAGUGGUAGGUUAACUGCAGGUGACGUGGUUCAUUUGUACAUAUUGUAAAUCUGCACCACCCAACACUGAACAGCAUUUUAUAUGAGGAGCCUACAUGCUGCAAAAUGACUGCUAUCAGCAUUCUAACAGAAUUUAUGUAAAUAAUAGGUUAAAAGAAAAUUGAAAAAUAAAACCAAACACUAAUAUUCUCAUAGCUUUAGUAUUAUGCCUAGCAUUCAACACUAGCAGAUUUAUAACUUAACUGAUGCCUGUUCAAAAACACUUGAUGAAAUAUUUCAUUUUGUGUGACUUAUAACUAUUAAAUUUGUCAUGGUUAAAGAGGUUAUAACACAUGUUACUUAGUGCUAAUAUUCUACUUAAUAUAAUUUAAGCAGUGGGCUAAGGUCCAAUAUACACAGCAGUUAAUAUCUCCAAAUAAUCUAUGAGUGUUAUUUUCAGAUUCUCUAGUUCCUCAUUAAUAGAUAAAGCCAUAAAACUCUUUUCCUGCCAGUUCUUUAUUUUUCAUCAUUUUGACAUUUUUACAAGAAAAUUGAAUGGCCAUCACUAAUAAAUUGGGAGGAACACCCAAAUAACCCUUCCCCAAGUCUCAGCACAGGUUGAUAAGUAUAGAUACUAGUCCUGUGAUUCCCUAGAAACUGUGGCCCACGGGUUAAUCCCAGCCUUACCUUUUUAAAGAGGGGGAAAUCUAAAAGCGUAGUUUCUGUAAUGGGAAAAUUAUGUGAAAUUCAAAUACCUGUCCCUAAGGAAGGUUUUAUUGGAGCACACCCAUGCUUACCCAUUUAUUUACAUCUUGUUUGUAGCUGCUUUUGUGUUACCAUGACAGAAUUGAAAUGGAGACAAUAUGGCUCAUAUAGUCUAAAAUAUUUUGUUUUUUUACAGAAAAAAAAUCUGCUAACCCUUGAUCUAGAAACUCUAAAAUGCUAAAAUGUAGGUUUACUUCUUUGUAUUGGCUCAGUGGAAGAUCAGACCAUGUGUUUUUGCUGUUGAGCUAAUGAUUCGGAAACAGAAUUUCUUUAUGGAUGUUAUACUCAGAGCUAUUCCAAAUGGAAAGUGUGCUAGCUGUUUUUAUGAAGUCUUUGAUUCCAUAGAAAACUUUGGAAGGAAAUCCAUACCUUUGGAGAAGGAGAAAGGAAGGAAAGAAUUCCAGAGUCCUAGCACUCACUGUUCCUUAAAGAAUGCAGCAUUGACCUUAGGGUACAUUUCAUUGAAUAAACAUUAUAAGUUGACUUUAAACUUAGAACAUCUUUCUAAAAUCAUGUUUGAAUUCUCAACUUUGAAACAUACUCUUAGAGAAUUUCUUAAGUACUGUUUCUGGGUAGGAAUUAGGUGUUUAAAGAAUCCUGGGAAACAAGCCUUAAUGUAUUGACAUUGUUAUAAUUUGGACAAUGAAAAUCUGGAAGCAACACUCUUCUCAUUCAAGGUCUUUGAUUGAAAUAGCCGUAAAGGGUUUAAAAUUGUCCUGGUGUUUAGGAUGCUGUGCCCUGGUUUGACUUCAUUCUGUAAUUUGAAAUGAAUAUAGGAUUAUUAUUCAAGACUUUGAGGCAUUGAACAAUGUUCUCUUGGUUGAUUUUAUUUCAUCUGUAAUGUUUUUGUGUCAUUCAGAUGUUAUUCAAUUAAGUACUUAGAGUUGAGGAAUAUUCAGGGAAGAAAAGUGAGUGAAGUGACUUAGAAUAGAACGACUUGCUGCCUUGGUAUAGGUAGCUUCCUGAUGUGCUGCUACCCUCGGUUGAAAUGCUACAUGUACAGGCUGUGACCUGAAUAAAGUGGAAACUGCAUUGAAAUCAUGAAACAGAGACCUUUUAGAUCAAGAAAACACAUCAACAGCCUUUUAAAAAAUAAGGGGAAAUUUUUUCUUCUUGGAAAAACAAGUCAAAGAUGAAACUUUGCACAGUCUCCACGCUUUCUUUUAUUUCUUUACUAGAUAGCAGGCACUCAAAUGUUUGCUGGCUAAUUGAGAGACAUCAGGUUCCAACUCACUGGCCAAUUAUUUUGAAAGAAAGAAAAGCCUUUUUCUCAGCUCUGAACGUGGUGCAGCUUGUUACUCUAUAGAUAGUGCCUUUAAAUGAAAUAAGUUCUAGCCCUUUUCAAGGAUAUUGUUUCUGGCUUCAUACACCAGUCAUUCCUCAUGAUAAACUGUAAUAUUUUACAUGAUAAGCGAUAAUAUUCAGAUUUACAAUUUAAGUAUAUAGAUAUGUUUUUUGAUAAAGUUCUUUUGUGACCACCUUGGCUAUUGACAGCUAACAUUUCAUAAAAUCAGUGAGUUACUUAAUAAAGCAAUGAGUUUAGCUUGAAAGUUAUUGCUGCUCUAUCAUUAACACAACAGUAAGUUUUAAAAAUUAAUUUUAAUUCUACUGAAAUUAAAGUUUCUGAUUCAAAGUAGCACGGAUACUUUUUAUAAUCAGAGCUUUUACAUCACAUCCAUUGAUCCCUUCUUUUUACUUCAAAGAAGUGAUGGUAGAAAAAUACGUUCAAUAUAUUACAGAGAUGCAAAGUGAUAAUGUAUUUUAUUUUACUGUUGGGAUUUUUUAUUGUAACAUUGUAUGAUAACCUGAAAUGUUUACUUGUGCCUUUGCUUUAAACAAAUAAAAAGUUUUCC